AUCCUCAAUCAGCGACAAGGUCAAUUUACACGCUACUUUUUUCCAAUGAGCAGCGAAAAAUAGCAUCGUGUAAACCACACAUUACGACGUGGUUGAACGUGGUGGUUACGUCACAAAAUGUUAUCACGCUGAUACAGUUGUCAUCUUCUUUUUUUCUCUCAAUUACGAAAUCGAUCCUAUGUAAUCAAAGAGAUCGGCGGCUCGCACAAAACCGAAGAGCCGAGAGAUGAUCACUGAACGUUGUCUCGAUUGUCCCCACGAUCAUAAUUGUCUCACAUAACCUCACUUAACCUCAACGGGGCUGCAUUGACGUUUUCCCACGUCUCCCGGUGGGAAUCUCGAAUCUAUUCAUGCUUCUAUCGGCCCAAAAAUGCCGCCGAGUAUUCUGAAAAGCAGCUUGGAGAAUGCCUCGUUCAGCAUUAUAUUUCAGAUCUUCUGUCGCUGCGUUACAUUUGGUCUGAAUGCAUUUGUUAUACGUCAUGUGGGUCAAGCGAUUCUGGGUGUCAUUAACGUAAGACUACUCCUACUGGAAUCUAUGAUACUGUUCCUGUCGCGCGAACCCUUCAUGAAAGCAUGUCUGACUAACACAGUAGAACAUAACUGGGCCCAAGUUGUGAAUCUACUUUGGCUGACAGUACCUAUAUGCGUUGUGAUGUCCUUCUUCUUUGGAUACAUUUGGUUGUUCUUGCUCUCUACCACAGAGGCGUUACCACCGUACUACACGUUUGCAGUUUGGGCAGUUGGAUUAUCAUGUGUCAUAGAACUGUCUUCCUUAGUCGUUCAAUUAGCUGCGAGUGCAUUUCUCUUCGUUAGGCUUAAAAUAAUUCUAGAUACGAUCAUGAUCGUUAUUCGCACAAUGACGUUUGUUCCGCUAAUAUUAUAUUAUCCUGAAAACGCGUUACUCGCAUUCGGCAUCGCUCAGCUUGUUGCGGCAGUAUUUUACACAACUAGUCAUUACGUAUAUUUUCACCGUCAUAUCGAGAAAUUGAAUAAAUGCACACAGAAACGAAGAAUGUCUUUAAAAGACAGCAGUGACGAAUAUGUGAUAAGGGAGUUUCCCUUUCACGCUAUAAAAGAUUUUCUACCUGGCCAGUUAGAAAAUCACGAUUCGUAUCUUGAUAGAAAGUUAACUAUCCUCACAUGGAGUUUCUUCAGGCAAGGAAUACUAAAGCAGAUUUUAACAGAAGGCGAAAGAUUGAUCAUGACUAUAAUGCCAAUAUUAACAUUUACAGAACAGGGUAUCUACGAGAUUGUGAAUAAUAUGGGUUCGUUAGCCGCUAGAUUUAUUUUCCGUCCAAUCGAGGAUAGUGGAUACUUUUACUUUACGCAAAUAGUGAAAAGGGAUAAAGCGAUAUCUGAUCAGAAUCCAAUGAAAGUACAAGAAAGUGUGAAUGUAUUGACACAUUUGUGUUCCGUUGUUACAUGCAUCGGUCUGGUUGUUCUAGUAUUUGGCCAGUCUUACUCGAGCAUGUUGCUCUGGUUGUACGGCGGCUCGAAGCUGAUUUUACCCUUACCUGUUUGCUUGCUAAGAGUACACUGUUUUGCCGUGUUACUGUUAGGAAUCAAUGGUGUAACCGAGUGCUACACUAAUGCAACGGCCGACAGCGCGACCAUAAACAACAGCAACUUGAUCAUGGUCUGCCAUUCGAUCACGUUCCUGGGUGCAUCAUAUUUGCUUACUAUCUGGUUAGGCCCGGUUGGCUUUAUCUGUGGCAAUUGCGUGAAUAUGUUUUUGAGAAUCAUACAUUCAGCAAGAUUCAUCAGUAAGAGACACCAGGACACGAUCUAUCGUCCAUUACGCGGACUCGUACCAAAGCCCAUGUUCUCCGCAUGUCUACUCGUUGCAGGAUUCAUCACUAGUUUGUCACAUGCUUACUUCUUCCCGACUCAAAAAAUGUUGCAUCUACUGAUUGGUGUAACAAUGUUCGUGAUUGUACUUAUAGCUUGGAUAUAUGAAAAUUAUGAGUUAAUCGAACUCGCCAUGAGCAAAUGGUACGAAAGAAGAAACAAACAGAAGAAGAGUGAUUGAUUCUAAUGUACAGUAAACUAUUUUAUUUAUGAUUUAUGUACAUAAAUCAACUACAGAUUUAUCACAAGAUCUUGUAAAACGUUAAAAGAUCAUAUAUAAACAGUUAUUUUUUCUACAAUUAGUUUAUAUUGCCUAUAAAUUCUUAUACGAUGAGAACUAUUCUUACAUAUAUUAAAUUUUGUUUUAUUUAUUAACAACUCGCACAUGUACUUAACACCUAAAUGAUAAAAUAUUUUUGUAAAAAAAAA